UCCGGUUAAUUAUUAGCAAAAAAAAAAGGCAAAGGAAAAUGACAACAAAAAAGAAAGAGUCUAGCAGCGAGCCAGUGUUUGAUCUUGAACAGCAGUUUAUAUUGCGAUUACCUCCAGGUCCUGCAAUGGCACUAAGACAGGAUAUCCAGUCCUCCUCUAACACACUGAAAGACAGACUGAGCAUUGAAACACAGCCAGAUUUAAGGCACGCAAAUGUCAGAUAUGGAAAUCAAAUUUUCCAUGGAAAGCUUGUUGAUUUACCAAGCAUUGUUGAAACUCUGAAAACCGUGGACAUGAAGACCUUUUACAAAACAGCUGAUGUCUGUCAGAUGUUAAUAUGCAAAUCUGAUGAGGAAAUGAGUCAAGAUGAAAAUGAAAGUCCAAAGAAAAAAGAGAAAGACAAAAAACAUCUCUGGAACCAUGGCAUAACCAGACCUUUAAAGAAUGUUCGAAAAAGGAGAUUUAGGAAAACUCUCAAGAAAAAGUACAUGGAACAACCAGACAUAGAGAAAGAAGUAAAGCGUUUGUUCCGCACUGAUGCUGAUGCAAUUGACGUGAAAUGGGAGGUGAUUACAGAGGAGGAAAAACCGGAAUCCUCUGGACAGACGUCAGUGGUCAAUAAAUCGGGAGGAUCCAGCUUAAAGAGGGCAGAUACAUCCACUAGUCUGGAUAAUUAUGCUAUAUUUGGGGACCUGAGCAGCUCUGACGAGGAGGAGGAGAAGGAUAUUAAUGUAAUGGACAGUGGUGAGGACGACAUGUCUCGCCUCUCCUUCUCCCAGCACCAGAUGAGCUUCGAUGGCAUGGACUCCUCCAAUGCUGAGGCACAGGAUGUCAUGACCGAUGCUGAAAAUGCUGAACUACAAGGUAAGCUGAAUGAACUUAAAAGACAAGUAGCAGAAAUACGUCUCAGACGGGCUUCACAAGAACAGAGUGAAUCCAGCAUUACAGACCCAGAACAGAAGGAAAAAGCUCAAGCUAUGCUAAAGAAAAUUAUUCAAGAAGAAAGUGAAAAGCUUCAAGAGUAUGAAAUACUGUCUUCAAUGUUGUCUCAGUCCUGAGAAAAGAUGGCAGCCAUAAGUAACCAUGGAAACAGGAAGCUACCCUCCAAAAGAGAGUGAAGAGUUGCACCAUCUGAGACAGUGACAAAGGGAAUUUGGACAACAAAUCUUCUAUUAAUAGGAUGACAUGUGAUAAUCCCAAGGGAUAAAAAAACUGAAAACAUUUUGUCAGGAAGAGCAAAACAUUAUGUUUUGAUAUGUAUGCUUCGAUGACAAAAAUGUUUAUAUUAAAUAAAAUUUAUGUAAUAAGUAUCUACAUGUACACAUAAUUCCUGAGUUCAUUUUUAAUGAAGAGAUAUAUACAUUAGGGAAUUGUAAAUGUCUUAAAAUUGUCAUUAUUUAAAAUAGGUAGAUGCAUUUGUUAAGUAUGUUAUACAUUGUUACAUUAGAUGCCCUAGCUAAGACUCAGAGUUGUAACCAGUAAUUUUGUACAUCAGCGUAACAUCAGUUGAUCUGAUAUUUUUUUUUUAUGUGUUUCAGUAUUUUGAUGUAUGAAAUGUUGUUGUAAAAUAAAGCGAUCCU